AUGUUCAAAGUUCUGUUUGUUCUUGCCGCAUUUGCUGCCGCUCAGGUUUGUGCCUAUCCCGGUGUAGUAGCCGUUGCUCCCGUCGUGGCGCAUCAUCCUGCCGUAGUCCAUACUCCAAUCAUUCAUCAUGGGGCCCACUCAGUGCACUCUCAUGUUGUGCAUCAUCCAGCUGCCGUGAAGGUCAUCACCCCAAUUGUGGCCAAGCCAGUGGUGGCAGUGCAUCAUGUGAAGCCAGUGGUUCCACUUGUACCUGUGCAUCAUGCUGCCCCAGCUCUAGUUGUCCAUCAUUAA